AUGAGAACCCUUUAUUCUAAUCGGCUUGCAUUAAGGGUUUUCAGGCCAUCAUACCGCGGUGCUUUCACAAGAACCUCUGACUAUUCGAGAGGUGUCAUAACCCAUAUAAAUAGGCCGUUUUCGAUUACCUCCAAAACUUACAACACAGCAUCUUCGAAUCUGAUGAACGAUAAAGUCCAUAUCGAGAAACUUGACGUGAAUGCGGUCAUUGGAGCAGACUCCUGGAACCAAUUGAAUGCGCAACAAUGCUUUGUAACAAUGAAUAUGCUCACCGAUUUCAGCAAAGCCGCUGUUGGAGACGAUCUGAAUUAUUCUCUAAAUUACGCUGUCAUAUCGAGAGAUAUUGCUGAAUUUGUGCAAUCUAAAAGGAACUGGAGAUCCUUAGGUAAUCUAUCCAGAUCAGUCUCAAAUUACGCAUUACAAAAGUAUUCGGGAAUUGAGAGUUUGCAAUUGCUAAUCGAAACGAAAACAGGACACAUAAGAAGUGAUUCCAUUUCCUGUUUAGUAAAUCAAAUGAAUAGUAGAGCACCGACGAGACAGAAAGAUGUCUACGAUGUUAUACAAAUUUCAAAUAUAAAGAUGUUGACUCUAAUUGGAGUGUUUACCUUUGAAAGGCUGCAAAAACAAUAUGUUACGUUAGACAUACGCCUCCCGUGGCCAAAAGACUUGGUUAAUCACGCUUCUUAUAAAUCAAUCAUCGAAAGCGCCGUUAGCCACGUCGAAAACUCCAACUUUUUAACGGUAGAAGCUCUCGUUGAAUCAACAGCUAAGGUAAUCGCAUCUAAUCCAUACUUCAGGAAAAAUAAUAAGUUGCCUAUAGAGCUCAAAGUUAUUAAAUUGAAUGCGAUAACAAAUACCACAGGUGUUGGUGUGAGCAUCAUCAAGACUCCUCAAGAACUGGAUUCUAUUCCACUUCCUCACGUACUUGAAACGAAAACAACUUCAUCGGCACUUUUCGCAGGGAACCAAGAGAAUGACAUCAUUUCAAAUACAUACCCCAAAGCUUGGAGUACUGCUUUUAUAGCUUUCGGUUCCAAUAUGGGUAAUAAAGUUGAAAAUAUUCAGAAGGCACUAGAUUAUUUGAAUGCGAGUGAAAAUGUUGAGAUUCGGAAAGUGUCUUCUCUGUUCGAAAGCGAGCCUAUGUAUUUUGAGGAUCAAGACGUUUUUAUGAACGGCUGUGUCGAAAUUGUGACAAAGUUGACGCCACAUGAACUACUAAAACUCUGUAAGGACAUCGAGUACAAGGAAUUGGGUAGAAUAAAGCAUUUUGAUAAUUGUCCCCGUGUUGUCGAUCUUGAUAUUAUUAUGUUUUAUGAUAAAGAUGGCAGCCAAGUUAUUUUGAACACUAAAGACUUGAUCAUUCCACACCCUAAAUUACUAGAAAGAAGUUUUGUGUUAGAGCCACUCUGUGAAUUGCUUCCCCCUGACAUAACUCACCCUUUGACAACCGAACCUUUAACAGACCAUCUUAAUCAGAUAUAUGAUCAAGGAAAUGAAGCAGAUGUCUUGUGGAAGAUAAUACCUCUGCAGCCUCGCUCCUCCAAUUUCAGAGCAUUGAAGUUCAUGAAUGUGAAAAUGACGGACGAAAUUCUACGCUCCAAAGUCAUAACAAAGUCGCCAGCAUUAUUGAUGGGUAUUUUGAAUGUGACUCCAGACUCUUUCUCGGAUGGAAAUAAGCAGUAUUUAAAUCUCCAAAAACAGAUCGAAACAGUGAAAAUCAUGUGCUCCGAUGCUUUGCGGCUACAAGAUAAAAUUAUUAUUGAUGUUGGUGGCUGUUCUACCAGACCAAAUUCCUCUCAAGUCUCCGAAAUGGAAGAACUAGAACGAACAAUACCAGUUAUCAAAUCAAUUAGGACAUGUAAAGACCUGCCACAAGAAAAUAUCAUCAUAUCUAUUGAUACUUACAGAGCAAAGGUAGCUCAAGAGGCUAUUAUUGCCGGGGCAGAUAUAGUGAAUGAUAUCUCGGGGGGAACUUUUGAUUCGGAUAUGUUUGGUGUCAUAGCCUCUCAUCCAAAUGUGGCUUAUGUUCUGUCUCAUACCAGGGGAAACAUUUCCAGUAUGAUUGACUUAAAUAAAUACGAGCAACCCAAUAGCAAUGUGAAAGAAUAUAUGAAUGGUGAAAAAAUUUCUGGUAGGAGUGCAAUUCUUCUUCGCUCAAUAGCUCAUGAACUCAGUGAGCGAUACGCUCAAGCGAUUGGAGAAGGAAUUCGUCGUUGGCAGCUAAUAUUAGACCCGGGACUUGGUUUUGCCAAAAAUGGAAAGCAAAAUUUGGAAAUAAUUAGGCAACUCGACCUUUUGAAGAACUACGCAUGUAUUUUAGAAUCAGGCGAGUUUGUAAAUUUCAAGAAUAUCCCAAUACUAGUUGGCCCAUCUCGCAAGGCAUUCAUCGGCAAAAUCACAAAAGAUGAUGACCCGAAGGAUAGAGAUUUCGCGACAGCGUCCGUUAUUUCGUCAUGCAUCGGAUUUGGUGCAGAUAUAGUGAGGGUCCACAAUGUUGUUGAUUGUUCGAAGACAAUAAAGAUCGCCAAUACUCUCUACAGAGAUGCAUAA